GCCACAAAUAUCGCAGCCCUGGCAAGAAGCAGUUUAGUUACGUUUACUCCGAGGCAAGCGUUUUUUUAAAAACGCAUCAAAAGGCGAAAAGCGAGUGUUUUAGUUGGAAAAAACAGGCGCAGUUACUUGCUAAGAUCUCUGCGCAGCUCAGUGAACAAAAAGCGGGCUCCUAGUCGUGGAAAGAUCUCGAAAAACGGCAUUUCCCAAAGUUGCGCGUUCACGGUGUGCCAAGAAGCGUGGCGUGUGUGUCGAUUUGAGUUACCCUACCUGUAAUUGUGUGCGCGCCUGUGAGAGAGUGGAGGUGGAGUAAACUCGCCAGCGUUCGAAGUGGAAGCCAAAGAGAUAGGAAUUGCGAAAUACUUGGAAAUACCGCCAAUCUACUAAACAAUGUCGGAGGCAACUGUGGCCCAAAAGCCGGAGGCGGUGGAAAUAGAGGAGGCGGCGGCGGGGGACGACAAAAAGACACCCAAGCGUACUCCCAAACGCCGCUCGUUCAUUGAGCGGGCGCAGCAGGAAAGCGAGGAGCUGGUGCGAACGAUGGGCGGCAGCCUGGAAUUGGCAGGAGGACGGAGAACGCGGUCCAGCACUCGGGGAACGCCGACCCGGGCCGCCGAGACAGUGACGCCUCCGCCAAGCAAAAAGGCGCGCACAUCCCCGGCCUCGGCCACCAAGGCCAGCGCAGGAAAGGGACGUGGAGCACGCAAGCUGGACGUGGGCGGUGAUGAGCCCGAGCAAGAGCCGGAGAAGGUGCAGACACCGCCCAAGGGAAAGGCCGCUGCUAAGAAAGAGAAGAAGGAGACCAAGAAGGAGGAGAAAGCGGCUGAAGAAAGCAAGCCCGAGGAGGCGACGACGGAUGCGGAGAAAGAAGUCAGUGAGCCAAAGGAGACAGAUGCCAAGCCAGCCGAGACCGAGGACCAGCCUGAUGCUGUAGUGGAGGUGCCUGCAGUGGCGGACGAGAAGCAGAACCAUGUCGACGAAGUCAAACCAAGCACAGAAGAGCCAGAGAAGUCAACCGAAGAGGUGCCAAAAGUGGAGGAGCCAUCCAAGGCGAGCGAGGAGACCUCCGAGAACGGAGCCGCCACAGAAACUCCCGCUGCCCCCGAAGAGUCAGCUUCCGCCAUGGAUGUUGACGAAGAUGAGCCGGUCGUCGAAAGCACACCAUCAGCAGAAAAAGAACCUGCACCAGUUGAAGAGAAAAAGCCCGAAGAGAAAUCUGAAGAACCUGCAGCGGCCGUUGUGGAGGAGCCAAAGGCGCAAGCUGAGCCGACCAAGGAACCCACCCCAGAGCCCAUGGAAGUUGAUGCCAGUUCGAAAAGCAGUUCGGACACGGCUCAAGUAGAAACACCUGCCACCGAGGAGGUUGCCGCCGCUCCAGAACCAGAAGCAGCCACAGAGGCAACAGAAUCCAGCAAUGAUGUUGAGGAAGUGGCCACAGAAGUGAAGGAAACGGUUAAAGAAGUGCCCGCUUCCGAACCCAAGGAGGCUGAGAGCACCGCCGAAUCCGCAGAAGAGCCCAAGAAAGCCGACAGCAGCGAAGAGAGCAAGCAGAUCGUGAGUUCUGCGCAGCCCAAGGAGGCGGAGAGCACUGCUGAUGAAAGUGCCACGCCCGUUGCUGCCGAGGUUCCCACCACCCCCGCCACCAAUGAUGUCAGCAAGUCCGUGGAAGUCGAUGCCACCUUAGCGAAGGCGGCCGAGAGUCCUGCCAAGGAGCCACAGGGGAUCAGCGAGGUCAAGAAGGUAGAAAUCAAUGUUAAUGGUGAGCCCAAGAUCGUCAACAGUUCCGCCGAAGUAGGCGAGAACGCAGCGCCAAAGGUCUGUAACUAGACCGAUCCCACCACCGAUGGACAAUCAACAACUACAUUGCGUUGCGAAUUUGUACAAAAUGCAUCUUCAGAUCGCCCGCCGAGUUGGUCUGGAUGUCGCCAACAACAUGCAAACAUUUAAAAGUUUUCCCAAACACAA